UUCGAAGUAGAAAGAAGCAUAUGACGAUUCUAUGUGAUGUUAGUGGAACCAUCAAGCCUUGCAGGUGAGUCUGUGCUAUGGCCGGCCCUGGCCCAAGGCGACCAAGGCCGUCGCCUUGGGCCUCAGAUUUUAGACGGCCUCAAAUUUUAUGGCCCAUAGGGGAUGGAAAAAAUAAAAAAUAAAAAUAAGUUAGGGCAAGUUUCAGACGAUACAAUCUGCUUCGACUCUCCGCAGCCUCCGCUAUCGCCUCAGGUGACAAGGGGCCUCACAUUUGGAAGUUCGCCUAGGGCCUCUCAAAAUAUUUGGAAUCUCAGGGCCGGCCCUGCAAUGUCCUCCUUGACACAGCCUCUCUCCCCUCUCUCUUUAUCCCUGCAACCUUCACAUUCCCUCUCUUCCCUCCAAACCCAGCAACCGACUUCUCGAAAACACACUCCUCAACCCACCACCACCAGUUCCAUCUCCGCCAAAACCUCUCCAAAACCCAGAUCGGAAUGGAUCGAAGCCCUUCGUUCCCACACCCGAUUGAAUCAAUUCCGAGAAGCUGUUUCCACGUAUAACGAAAUGACCAUGGCCGGUGUCCAACCCGACAAUUUUGCUUUUCCGGCAGUAUUAAAGGCUGUCACUGGCCUUCAGGACUUGAAUUACGGCAAGCAGAUCCACGCCGCCAUUGCCAAACUUGAUUACUGUUCGUCUUCGGUGACUGUGGGCAAUACUCUUCUCCAUAUGUAUGCAAAAUGUGGAGAUAUUGGUGAUGUGCUCAAAGUGUUUGAUAGAAUUCCUCAGAAAGACCAAGUGUCUUGGAAUUCGAUGAUUUCUGCUUUGUGUCGGUUUGAGGAGUGGGAGCUUGCAUUGGAUGCAUUUCAGUUAAUGCAAUUGGAGGGAAUGGAGCCCAGUUCGUUUACUUUGGUGAGUAUGGCACUUGCGUGUUCUAAUUUGAGUAAGAAUGAUGGGUUGCGGCUCGGGAAGCAAGUGCAUGGGUAUAGUUUGAGAGUAGGUGAUUGGAAAACAUUUACGAACAAUGCAUUAAUGGCUAUGUAUGCCAAACAAGGGAAAUUUGAUUACUCGAAAGCUAUUUUUGAGUUGUUUGAGCAUCGGGAUAUGGUUUCCUGGAACACAAUGAUAAGCUCAUUCUCUCAAAACAACUGCUUUUAUGAGGCAUUGAAUUUGUUGCAGCUUAUGGUUCUUGAAGGAAUUAGGCCUGAUGGGGUCACAAUGGCGAGUGUUCUCCCUGCAUGCUCCAAUUUGGAGUUGUUAGAUGUUGGGAAGGAAAUUCAUGCUUAUGCCUUGAGAAAUGAUGAUUUGAUAGGGAAUUCGUUUGUCGGUAGUGCUUUAGUCGACAUGUACUGCAAUUGCCGACAGAUUGAAAGUGGUCGUAAAGUUUUUGAUGGUAUCUUAGAUAGAAAACUUGGGCUUUGGAAUGCUAUGAUUGCUGGUUACACAAAAAAUGGCUUUUAUGAGAAGGCCUUAAUGUUGUUCUUGCAAAUGGUGGAGGUCUCAGGACUUUUUCCUAACCCCACAACAAUGGCAAGUGUCUUACCAGCUUGUGUGCACUGUGAAGCAUUCUCUGACAAAGAAGUUAUGCAUGGGUAUGUAAUGAAGUUGGGUUUCGGAAGGAACCCGUAUGUACAAAAUGCACUUAUAGACGUGUAUUCUAGGAUGGGAAAGAUACUAACUUCAGAAAAUAUAUUUAAUAGCAUGAAGAUUAGAGAUAUAGUUUCUUGGAAUUCAAUGAUAACAGGUUAUGUUAUUUGUGGACGCCAUGAAGAUGCACUUAUUCUGUUGCAUGCGAUGCAAAGAGUUGAAGAAGCAAAGAAUGAGGAGAAGGAUGAGUAUGAGGAUGAAAAAGGAGUUCCUUGUAAACCAAAUUCAAUAACACUCAUGUCAAUCCUUCCUGGCUGUGCCACCCUUGCAGCAUUAGCUAAGGGGAAAGAAAUUCAUGCUUACGCCAUUAGAAAUGCUUUGGCAUCAGAUGUUGCUGUGGGCAGUGCACUGGUUGACAUGUAUGCAAAAUGUGGUUGCUUGAACUUAUCUAUGAGAAUUUUUGAUGGAAUGCCCAACAGAAAUGUGAUCACAUGGAACGUGAUCAUCAUGGCUUACGGGAUGCAUGGGAAAGGAGAAGAAGCCUUAGAACUUUUUAGGAGUAUGGUGGCAGACGGAGCUAGGGGUGGGGAAGUCAGGCCUAAUGAGGUUACAUUUAUUGCAAUUUUCGCUGGAUGUAGUCACUCUGGGAUGGUAAAAGAAGGCCGUAACUUGUUUCAUAAAAUGAAAGAUGACUAUGGAGUUGAGCCUACAGCAGAUCACUAUGCUUGCGUUGUUGACUUGCUUGGUCGAGCAGGUCAGCUGGACGAAGCUUAUCAACUCAUUAAGUCGAUGCCUCCUGAAGUUGACAAAAUAAGCACUUGGAGUAGCAUGCUUGGUGCUUGUCGAAUCCAUCAAAAUGUAGAACUUGGGGAAAUUGCAGCGAAGAAUCUCCUUGAAUUGGAGCCAAAUGUGGCUAGCCAUUAUGUUCUACUCUCUAAUAUCUACUCAUCUGCCGGACUCUGGGAGAAAGCAACAGAGAUUCGAAAGAACAUGAAGGAAAUGGGAGUACGAAAAGAACCCGGGUGCAGUUGGAUUGAGUUUGGCGAUGAGGUUCAUAAGUUCAUGGCUGGGGAUGCAUCACAUCCACAAACCGAGCAGCUUUAUAGCUUCGUCGAAACGUUGUCAGAGCGAAUGAGAAAAGAGGGUUAUGUUCCUGACACUUCUUGUGUUCUACACAAUGUUGGUGAGGUGGAAAAGGAGAAUCUACUAUGUGGGCAUAGUGAGAAACUAGCAAUAGCAUUUGGUAUCCUCAACACGCCUCCCGGCACCACCAUUAGAGUUGCCAAGAACCUUAGAGUCUGCAAUGAUUGCCAUGCUGCUACCAAGUUUAUUUCAAAGAUUGUAGAGAGGGAGAUUAUUGUGAGGGAUGUGAGGAGGUUCCAUCAUUUCAAGGAUGGAACCUGCUCCUGUGGGGAUUAUUGGUGAGGACGCGUCCAAACCAAUGUUUUCCAACAUUAAGGGAAAAGUUUUCAGGAGAUUCAAAUACCAACAAGCUGUAACAUAACACUGAUCACUUCAUUUGUAUUAUCAAGAUUAGUAUGUGCAAAUUUAUUUAUUGGCAAGCAGUUUUUGUAGCUUUAAGUUGUGAAAUAUAAGGAAUAUCACAUAUUGGGAGGGCUAUUGGAGUAAAUGCUUUGCUGUAGCUCUUUGUUUCCUGCAAUCUGUGAAAUGUGGAUGAUCAAUAAUGCUUUUCUCAAAAUUUGGAUGUCUCAGGCUCAGUUCUUUUUUAUUUUUGAAUAAAUUGAAAGGUAGCAAUGGUCAACUGUUCAAUAAGUUACUAUACAGUAAGUAAUAGUCCUUCGAAUAUUUUGUUUGGACAAAUUGAAACCCUUGUUGUUGCACGACCACAAUACCUACAAAAAAUUAAAAUUUAGAGUAAAAAUAUAACUAGUUUUUGUUAGAUUAUUCCUAUAAAAUCCUUUGAUAACAUUUUAAAUAAUAUUCGAUGGUCGAAAUCAUGAUUCGCAGUAUCGGUCAUGGUUGCGAUAUAACGGACGCGGACAAAGGCAGUGUAAACUGGCCGAUACAAAUCACGUAUCAGACUUGAAAAAGAGUCGCGGCGAACCAUGGUCCAAAUAAUUGGUUAAUUCAGUUAUUACAUUUUAUAGUUCAUUGAUACAUUCUUUUUAUGAAGCACAUUCUCUCAAAUUCUUAAAUAAUGAGCAUCAGAUGUGUGUCGAGAUGACGAGUGCCACAUUGUCAGGAAUCUCGGAUACCCAAUAAUUUCUCUUAUAUCAAUUAGUGAAUAGUGACUAAAAGUGAAGCACAUAAUAUGCGCGCGCGCGCGCACACACACACACACAUAUAUAUAUAUAUUAAAAAAAAGAACCCCUUUGAUUAAAUUUUCAAAUAACUAUCACUUCCAGCUUCUCCUUUUUCAAGUUGUUCCCUAAUGUGGCAUUGAAAUACGAACUCUUUUUUUUUUUUUUUUUUUUUUUUUCUAGUUAAGGAAUUUCUGAGAAUAUAUUAUGAAAAAAUAAUAAAAUUAUUACUCCGUCUUUCUUUCGUCUUUCUUUCUACAAGCUUCAAAAACAAAAAUAAAUAAAUUAAAAUAAAAUAAAAAACAAGCAGAGGCACUUGUUUUCAUCAAUCUUAUAAUUUUUACUUGCGCGAGAUGCGAAAAAAAUCUCCACGACUAUCAAUCCCUCUUGUGAUAUCAAUUUUGGCUUUUGACAACUUUUCCAUAUAAAAAUAAAAAAAUUGGCUUUUGGCCCCCUCAACUUACAUAAAUACGCGGAGUGGGCUAUAAAAAUAUAAUUCCCUUGGAACAUAAGUGAGUAUGAGUGGGAAAAUAAAAGAGCCGAAUGUUUGUCUAACAGUUCAAACUUAGUUCGAUAAAAGUUCGGGUAGUGUUAGUUUGAUUAGUAAACGAACUAAUCUCAAACAAAAUUUUCAAACUCGUUUCGUAAACGAAUUAAUCUCAAACAACCAUCAGAUCGGCUCAAAUACGUUCACAAACAAACUCGUUUAAAAACUCGUUGGACAGGGGCGGAGGGAGGGGUGGGCCAGCAGGGACCUGG